AUCAGUGCAUGAGACAGAUGCUGAAAGUCGAUAGCAAUGCAUUAAUUCAUUUUGAAAACAUUUCUUUCGCCACACACGAGCGAUUUGAUGUUCACCAGAUCAUAAUAAAGUGAAACCAGAAUUUCUCAGCAACGAUAUAUAGCUUAAUGGAGCCAACUGAAAAUAAAUGCUACACACUUUUGAAGCGAUUCAACUCAAAUACACCUCAAAAAGAUGUGGUCGAUCUCUACACCGAAUGGGCUUCAACAUAUGAAAAGCAUGCCCAUGAUAUUAAUUAUACUGGACCUAUGAUUGCUGCUGAACAGUUUCACGAAAAACUGAUUGAACAAAAUUACACUCAGGACGUUGAAAUUCUGGAUCUUGGUUGUGGUUCUGGAUUUGUAGGUGAACAUCUGUACAAGCUGGGAUAUAAGAAUGUAGACGGUAUUGAUAUUAAUGAAGAAAUGUUGAAGCUUUCUGAAGCAAAAGGAGUUUACAGAUCACUUAAAAAAGGGAUCAUGGGAUCAGAUGGAUCAGCUUUGUUAGGAGUAACCGCUGGCCAGUACGAUGCAGUGAUAUGUGUUGGUGUUUUGGUCCUGGUCAUGUAAAAGGAAAAGGAAUGGAUGAUUUUAUUCAUGUAGUCAAGCAAGGAGGCAUGAUACUCUUUACUAUUAAUGAAAAGAUUUUGGAUGAUCCUGGCUAUGAAUUUCAUGAAAAAUUAGAGGAAUUAACAAAACAAAGAAAGUGGAAGCCCAUUUUGAAAUAUUUUGAGCGAAGAUAUGCGAGCGACGUAGGUGCAUUUUACUAUAUUUUUAAAAAACAAUGAAAAUAUUUUUAUGUUCUUGUAAAGUUGAUUAUUGAUGCUCAUUUGUUAAUUCAAAUACAAGAUCAAUGUAUUACCUAAA